AUGCAAACAACACAACCAACAACUAACCCUACAACUAAUGAAAAAACAACAAUACCAACAACCAAGAACCCUACAACACCUAAACUCACAACUGAUUCCACUACACGAAAAACAACACCUGUAUUCACAACUGAUUCCACAACAAAAGCAACAACCGAACAUACAACUGAUUCAACCACAAUAUCAACGACACUAAAAACUACCACUGAUCCAACCACAAUACAAACAACACCCUCACCUACACCUGAGGUCACCACUGUAGUAACAACUCAGACGCCAACAACUAAGGUCACCACAGCUGUAACAACUCCUAUACCCACAACUAAAGUCACCACAGCUGAAACAACUCCGAUGCCUACAACUGAAGUCACCACAGCUGUAACAACUCCUAUGCCUACAACUGAAGUCACCACAGCUGUAACAACUCCUAUGCGUACAACUGAAGUCACCACGGCUGAAACAACUCCUAUGCCUACAACAGAAGUCACCACAGCUGAAAUAAAUCCUUUGCCUACAACUGUAGUCACCACGGCUGUAACAACUCCUAUGCCUACAACAAAAGUCACCAAAGCUGUAACAACUCCUAUGCCUACAACAAAAGUCACCACAGCUGUAACAACUCCUAUGCCUACAACAGAAGUCACCACGGCUGAAACAACUCCUAUGCCUACAACAGAAGUCACCACAGCUGUAACAACUCCUAUGCCUACAACAGAAGUCACCACGGCUGAAACAACUCCUAUGCCUACAACAGAAGUCACCACAGCUGAAACAACUCCUAUGCCUACAACAGAAGUCACCACAGAUGUAACAACUCCAAUGGCUACAACUGAAGUCACCACAGCUGAAACAACUCCGAUGCCUACAACAGAGAUCACCACAGCGGUAGCAACUCCUAUGCCUACAACUGAAUUCACCACAGCUGCAACAACUCCUAAGCCUACAACUGAAGUCACCACAACUGUAACAACUCCUAUGCCUACAACUGAAGUCACCACAGCUAAAACUACUCCGAUGGCUACAACUGAAGUCACCACGGCUAUAACGACUCCUAUGCCUACAACUGAAGUCACCACAGCUGUAACAACUCCUAUGCUUACAACUGAAGUCACCACGGCUGUAACAACUCCUAUGCCUACAACUGAAGUCAGCACGGCUGUAACAACUCCUAUGCUUACAACUGAAGUCACCACAGCUGAAACAACUCCUAUGCCUACAACUGAAGUCACCACAGUUGUAACAACUCCUAUGCCUACAACAGAAGUCACCACAGCUGUAACAACUCCUAUGCCUACAACUGAAGUCACCACAGCUGUAACAACUCCUAUGCCUACAACUGAAGUCACCACGGCUGUAACAACUCCUAUGCCUACAACAGAAGUCACCACAGCUGUAACAACUCCAAAGCCUACAACUGAAGUCACCACAGCUGAAAAUGUUAUUCUGUAG